UCUUGUUUAAAAUAUUAAAUAUGUCAAAAUUCCCCGAGUGUUACGCUGAUACAUGCCACCAAACAGCCUCUGUUUACGUGGAGAAGGAGAGGAGCUACUUCUGUGGAGACUGCUUCGACUUAGACUUUGCAGAAAAUGGAGGAGAAAGUCUGGUCCCUCCUAAUGAUGCCGCUAAGAUGCUUGAAUUAGUGGAGAAUGUCUUGAAAAUGUACAGAGAUUUCGCUGCUGAUAAGUAUGAAGAUGAAGCUAAUGAGACAACAGAGAAGCUAUGAAAUGAACUAAUGUGAGAAGUCGAAGGACUCAAAGAUAAGCUAACAGAAGCUUUGAAUGAUGGACAUUUUUAUGAGUUUCCUACUCUGAAAACAAAAGCUACAAACAUCCAGACGACUUUGGCCAAUAAGAAGACCUUUGUAUGCUUCGCUCUCAAGAAAUUGUGGAGAUCUGCACAAGAUGAAAUCAUGAAUUCAAAGAGAUCGCCCAUGACAACAGGACAGUCUUUCGGAGAGGAUGAAAAAUUUCAAGAGGUGUUUAAGAACAACGAACUUGCUAUUGAAAAGGUUGUGGAAGAGAACAAGAAACUGUGCCAGGAAGACGAACAAUUUAAGGCAAAAACCCCUUCCCAGAUCUGCCCUAAAUGCCUAAUCUCCUUCCCCGUAGAACCCUCUGAAGAGGCCAAGUUUAACCUUCCUUCCAAGCCUAAGUUACCAAAGAAUCCUCUUUUGCAGGAAGAGAUGGGCAGAGACCCUGAGUGCCUCAAAUUUGUUGACAACAUGAAGGAGGAUAAGGGAGCAUGGUUCUUGCUGAAGAAUGAAUUACAUCAGAAAGUAUUCAGACUAGUAGACCAGGCGGCGUUAUCAGAGUUAAAGAUAAUCACUAUACGUGAUGCAAAUUUGGUGGACGAAGCCGACUUCACGACCUUCACCACCAAAAUCCCGCUCAACCUCAACUACUUCGACUUCAACCUGGAAUCCCCUUACUCCAAAAUAACCGCCUAUCUUCCUUCGAUCCUACUACUCAGCUCCAAAAUCACUGGAACAAUAAGGCUGGCUUCCUGCACAAUAACUGUGAAAGAGAUAGUUCUGAUAAACAAGACUUUCAAGGCUAUCAGAGUCAGAUACGGUAAGUUAAGAGUGGGAUGUUUAGGCAGUAAGAUGAGGGAUUAGCUUUAGCUGAUGUCAGGAUUGAGAAGGAGGGUUAAGAAGGAAGGGAUGGGGAAGAGGGAUUUUUGAGAUUCAAUGUGAGUGUAGA